CCGGUGGCGCUGGAGCGGAACUCUGUGGGUUCGAGGCGUUAUCCUCCUGUUGGGAGGGCUCCGGGCAAGCGCCACGUCUAUUCCUGUCUCGUUGGGCAGUUCCCCUCCCUGCCGGCACCACGUCCCCUCUGACACCGAGAUCAUAAAUAAGGUUCAUCUAAAGGCAAAUCAUGUUAUAAAGAGAGAUGUGGAUGAGCAUUUAAGAAUCAAGACUGUCUAUGAUAAAAGUAUUGAAGAGUUGCUCCCUGAGAAAAGAUACCUUGUGAAGAACAAACUUUUCCCACAAGCAAUUUCUUACUUAGAGAAGACGUUUCAGGUUCGCAGACCUGCUGGCACCAUCUUACUGAGCAGACAAUGUGCAACAAACCAGUACCUUCGGAAGGAAAAUGAUCCUCAUAGAUACUGUACUGGGGAAUGUGCAGUGCAUACAAAAUGUGGCCCAGUGAUAGUGCCUGAGGAACAUCUCCAGCAAUGCAGGGUCUGCCGUGGGGGUAAGUGGCCCUGUGGAGGAGUGGGAGUGCAGGACCAAGAGGGUGUCCGGGAUGCAGACUUUAUUCUGUAUGUCGGAGCCCUGGCCACUGAGAGGUGCAGCCAUGAAAACAUAUCUUACGCAGCCUACUGGCAGCAGGAAGCAAGAAUGGACAGGCCAAUAGCAGGAUAUGCUAACCUGUGUCCAAAUAUGAUCUCUACCCAGCCUCAGGAGUUUAUUGGGAUGCUGUCCACAGUGAAACAUGAGAUUAUUCACGCCUUGGGUUUCUCUGCUGGGCUGUUUGCCUUCUACCAUGAUAAAGAUGGAAAUCCACUAACUUCAAGAUUUGCAGAUGGUCUGCCACCUUUUAAUUACAGUCUUGGACUAUAUCAAUGGAGUGAUAAAGUAGUUCGAAAAGUGGAGAGAUUAUGGGAUGUUCGAGAUAAUAAGAUAGUUCGCCACACCGUGUAUCUCCUAGUAACACCUCGCGUUGUUGAUGAAGCACGAAAGCAUUUCAACUGUCCGGUUCUGGAGGGAAUGGAACUUGAAAAUCAAGGCGGCAUGGGCACUGAGCUCAACCAUUGGGAAAAGCGGCUUCUGGAGAAUGAAGCAAUGACUGGUUCUCACACCCAGAACCGAGUCCUCUCUCGAAUCACUCUGGCAUUAAUGGAGGACACCGGCUGGUAUAAAGCAAAUUACAGCAUGGCUGAGAAGUUAGACUGGGGCCGGGGAAUGGGCUGCGACUUUGUCAGGAAGAGCUGCAAAUUCUGGAUUGAUCAGCAGAGACAGAAGAGGCAGAUGCUGAGCCCUUUCUGUGACACGCUCCGGAGCAAUCCGUUGCAGUUGACUUGUAGACAGGACCAGCGAGCAGUUGCAGUGUGUAAUUUGCAGAAGUUUCCCAAACCUUUACCACAGGAGUACCAGUACUUUGAUGAACUCAGUGGAAUACCUGCAGAAGAUUUACCUUACUAUGGAGGGUCUGUAGAGAUUGCUGACUACUGCCCCUUCAGCCAGGAGUUCAGUUGGCAUUUAAGUGGCGAAUAUCAACGCAGCUCAGAUUGUCGAAUAUUGGAAAAUCAACCAGAAAUUUUAAAAAACUAUGGUGCUGAAAAAUAUGGACCUCACUCAGUUUGUCUAAUUCAAAAAUCAGCAUUUGUCAUGGAAAAAUGUGAGAGGAAACUCAGCUACCCAGACUGGGGAAGUGGAUGUUAUCAGGUUUCUUGUUCUCCUCAAGGGCUGAAGGUCUGGGUCCAAGACACUUCCUAUUUGUGUAGUCGGGCUGGGCAGGUCCUCCCCGUCAGUAUCCAGAUGAAUGGCUGGAUUCACGGUGGAAACCUGCUCUGCCCGUCAUGUGGGGACUUCUGUGAGCUCUGUCCUCCCGAAACAGAUCCUCCAGCUGCUAACCUGACCCGAGCUCUGCCACUGGAUCUCUGUUCCCGUUCCUCUAGCCUGGUGGUCACCCUCUGGCUUCUGCUAGGCAAUCUAUUUCCUCUGCUGGCAGGAUUUCUUCUGUGUGUGUGGCACUAGGAACAGGAAAGACAGUUCUGGAUAUUCCUUUGUGUCAUGUUCCUGUGAACAAAGCACAAAAUCUGGGCAAGCGCCAAGCUGUGCAGGUGGCAGAGGCAUUCCCGACUUCAGUGUGGAUGGUUGACCACACCCAGGCCUCGGAGCAAAGCAGUCACUCCUCACAACCCAGCACCUCAGAGUUUGGCGGUGCAGAAGGAUUUCCAGAUCACCAAGUCUCUUCACUUUUCAAGAUACGUAAUCUUGAAGGAGAGAUUUCCUUUGGAAGUGGGAUAAUUGGUGAAGUUUUCAGAGUGAUUACAUACCUCAUCAUUUUCAUUAACCUAAGACAGUGCGAAGGUUCAUCGUGGAGUAAAUUAAACGAGCUGAUUAUUGCGAGACUGGAAAUUGUAGAUCCUGUCUUCAACAGUGUGAGUCGUCCUCCGAUUGACAGAGAAGUGAACCGAGAGCUCACCGUCACUGUUACACCUGGUUUAAAUGUAAUAGCUGUACAGGGUGCACUCAGUCAUUGUUCUCACUGUACAUGCUGAAGAGUCUUCUUAAAAGAUGUUUUCUAAAUCUUACGAUA